GUUGUUCCAGCGACUCAUUGCUCGACCUGAUCUCGGCUUAGCGCAGUCAGCAGCGGAUCCGUACGCGACUUGAGCCCACCGAACGACUUUAGCGAGCAGAGUGAUUGUGCUGUUUUGUGUGAUUAUCUGUCGUCGUCGUGGCCUAGUUUGCGGCGAGUAGUUCUAGAAUCGCGGUGAUAAGAAUCGUUUAGGAAGUGUUCGGUUCGGAAAGUGCAGAGGAGUCGUCGGCAAAAUGGGCGUCCCAAAGGUCUACGUCGUUGGAGUCGGAAUGACCAAGUUCGAGAAACCCGGCCGCCGGGAGGACUUCGACUAUCCGCAGAUGGCCAAGGAAGCGGUCACGAAGGCGCUGAACGAUGCCCGCAUCAAGUACCAGGACGUGCAGCAGGCCACCGUCGGCUACGUGUACGGUGACUCUACCUGUGGCCAGCGCGCCCUCUACGAGAUCGGCUUCACCGGAAUCCCCGUGUACAACGUGAACAACAACUGCUCGACCGGAUCGACGGCCCUGCUGCUGGCGAAGCAGCUCAUCGAAACGGGCAACAACGACUGUGUGCUGGCGUUGGGCUUCGAGAAGAUGGAACGCGGUUCGCUGACCUCCAAGUACAUGGACAGGACGAACCCGGUGGAGCUGCUGGUGACGGCCAUGGCCGAGAAGCACGAUAUCACAGGGGCGCCGAUUUCCGCCCAGCUGUUCGGUAACGCCGGCGUAGAGCACAUGAAGAAGUACGGAACCAAACCGGAGCACUUUGCCAAGAUCGCGUACAAGAACCACAAACAUUCCACCAACAAUCCCUACUCGCAGUUCCAGGACGAGUACUCGUUUGAUCAGAUUGUCAAGUCUACCCAGGUGCACGAGUUCCUGACCAAGCUGCAGUGCUGCCCAACCAGCGACGGUUCCGCCUGCUGCAUCCUGGCCAGCGAAAGCUUCGUCAAGCGGCACGGACUGGAGGCGCAAGCCGUCGAGAUUCUGGCGAUGGAGAUGUCCACCGAUUUGCCGUCUUCGUUUGGCGAAGGAAGCGCCAUGAAGAUCGUCGGCUACGACAUGACCAAGAAUGCCGCGGAUAAGGUCUUCGCCAAGACCAACUUCAAGCCCCAGGACGUCGAUGUGGUGGAGCUGCACGACUGCUUCUCGGCGAACGAACUGAUCACGUACGAGGCGCUUGGACUGUGCCAACCCGGCAAGGCAGGGGAGUUCAUCGAUCGGGGUGACAACACGUACGGAGGACGCGUCGUGGUCAACCCAAGCGGUGGACUGAUCUCGAAGGGUCAUCCUCUGGGUGCAACGGGGCUGGCUCAGUGCUCCGAGCUGUGCUGGCAGCUGCGAGGUGAAGCCGACAAGCGUCAAGUUAAGGGUGCUAAGCUGGCUCUUCAGCACAACAUUGGACUGGGUGGUGCCGCCGUGGUUGCGCUGUACCGUCUAGGAUUCCCGUACAUCAAGAAUCCGGUCAACAAGAACUUAACGGCUGCCGGCAAGCUGAAGGAUACUCCGGACGGCUUCCUGGUCGCUCCGUACAUGAAACUGCUGGAGGAGGCCAUGGCAGACGACAAGGACAACCUGAUCGAGAAGGUUCGAGGCAUUUAUGGGUUCAAGGUGACCAACGGUCCGGAUGGUGCCGAGGGUUACUGGGUUAUCAACGCAAAGACUGGCAAGGGAUCCGUCGCUUACAAGGGGACCGACAAACCCGAUGUGACCUUCAUCAUCAACGACAUCGAUGUUGUGGACCUGAUCUCUGGCAAGCUGAACCCCCAAAAGGCCUUCUUCCAGGGUAAGGUUAAGGUGCAAGGCAACAUGGGACUGGCCAUGAAGCUGAUUGACCUGCAAAAGAGUGCAAACAAGCGCAUCGAGGAGCUUCGAGCAAAGCUGUAAAGUCAUCGUUUUAUAAAAACGCAUGUAUUUUUCGUAUUGUUUUUAUUCUUUUGGUUCCAUCGCGGCAUUCUAAAAUGUGGUGAUUUUUACAAACUAUGCAAUCAGAUAUUUUUUAUACCAUAAAAACAAAAACACGACACUGGUGAUAGUUUAUUCUA